GCCGCCGCUUGGUUGCUUCCCCAGCAGGUUACCCUUGCGAAACCUGCCGCGCGGAUCUGUCCGCCUCCCUGGGCAGCUGACCUGGUGAAGAGCUCCUGCUGCCGCUGGAGGGUGAAGGCGAGCUGCCCUUACCGACUCCCAUCCGAGGUGAUGAAACUGAAGCAGAAAUAACUUGCCUAUGUCACACAGUGAGUGGCAGAGCCUCCCAGAACACAAACCAGAUUGCCAAAACAACAAAAACAAAAACAAGUGGAUUCCCAGACUUCUUUCUGACUCACAUCUUCAGCAAAUCCUGUUGGCUUUAUCUUCAGAAUGUAUCCAUGAUAUGGACCAUCUCUUACCGCCUUCAUUCUAACACAGUAUAUACAUACAUUGAAGCUUGUGACAAGAUAUUUAUCUGAUUUCUGUGCCAAAAUUAAAGAUCUGCUAUGGCAAUGAAGAAAGAGACUGAAUUUGUCAUUUUCACUUAAAGAAAAAUGACAGAUAAAAAUCACACCUGUGGUGCAGGACAGGAUUCUGUGCCCUUUAUGACUUGUCUGAUUCACAUCCUUGAAGAAUGGUUUGGUGUGGAACAAUUGGAGGACUACUUGAAUUUUGCAAAUUAUCUCUUGUGGGUUUUUACACCACUAAUACUUUUGAUACUUCCAUACUUUACAAUCUUUCUUCUCUACCUUACCAUCAUUUUCUUGCACAUCUAUAAGAGGAAGAAUGUGUUAAAAGAAGCCUAUUCUCAUAAUUUGUGGGAUGGUGCAAGGAAAACGGUGGCGACCCUGUGGGAUGGACAUGCAGCAGUUUGGCAUGGUUAUGAAGUUCAUGGGAUGGAAAAAGUACCAGAAGAAGGACCAGCUCUUAUAAUAUUUUAUCAUGGAGCUAUUCCCAUAGAUUUUUACUAUUUCAUGGCUAAAAUUUUUAUCCACAAAGGCAGAACUUGCCGAGUAGUAGCUGAUCACUUUGUCUUUAAAAUUCCAGGAUUUAGUUUGUUACUUGAUGUAUUUUGUGCUCUACACGGACCAAGAGAAAAAUGUGUUGAAAUUCUGAGGAGUGGUCACCUGUUAGCUAUUUCACCAGGUGGAGUUCGAGAAGCCUUACUUAGUGAUGAAACCUACAACAUUGUAUGGGGUAAUCGUAAAGGCUUCGCUCAGGUUGCAAUUGAUGCAAAAGUGCCCAUUAUUCCUAUGUUUACACAAAAUAUACGAGAAGGAUUUAGAUCACUUGGAGGAACAAGGUUAUUUAGGUGGCUUUAUGAAAAAUUCCGCUAUCCAUUUGCUCCAAUGUAUGGAGGUUUUCCAGUGAAGUUACGAACUUAUUUAGGUGAUCCUAUUCCAUAUGAUCCAAAGGUAACAGCAGAAGAAUUAGCUGAAAAGACGAAGAAUGCUGUUCAAGCUUUGAUUGAUAAGCACCAAAGAAUACCAGGAAACAUCAUGAGUGCUUUGUUAGAACGUUUUCAUAAACAAAAGAUCAACUAGAAGAUGACUUAAUAUGUUUAUAUUAAUAUGUUCGCAUCUAUGGUACUGUCUCCUGAAUUUUACAGGCCCUGUGAUUAGUAUUUUUUAAGAAUCAUGUUGAUAAGCAUCUUUCUCAGAACUUGUUUGUCUAAAAUUAUAUUGUCAAUUUUGUUUUUGCAAUCAAUUGUGUCAAAUUUAACAGGUAUUUUAUUAUAUGCCUAAUAAUUCAGAAAGUGAUCAUAUUCAUUUGUUAAUUCCUGAUAAUAUAUGAAAAUAAUAUCGAUCCUUAGAAUUAAGUUUUAUUACUAGCAGCAGUUUAGGUGAAACACACAUUCCUGAAUAAUGCAUCUAAUUUCUCAGUAUAUGUUUACUGAUCCAAUUUUGAGGAUGGGAUAAACUAGGCUGUAGUAUAGUCGCUUCAGUUAGAAAACAAAAGGCUUUUAUUUCCCCUUCAUUCCUUUCAUGACCUUGAGCAAAUCAUAUAAUGUUUCUGUGCCUCAACAAUUCACUUUUUAAAAACAUGACAAGACUAUGGUAAGGAAUCUUAUUUUAAGUUAUUUGUAUUUGCUGUGAUUGAUGACUUCUGAACCAAAAUGAUUGUUCUUUAAAUAAUACCAAAUCCUUUAGUUAUAUAUAUAUAUAUAUUUUUUUUUUUUUUUGUCCAUUAGAUCUAUAAAUUAUUCCUUCAGGUAUCAUGUCCAGUUGCCAAGCACAAUGAAAAGGAUGUACUGUUUUUCAAAUUGAAUUUAAAAAAUUAUGAAAACUAAAAUUUCUAAUAAUUAUUUUUAGUAUUUACUAUAUUUUUAAUGAAGAGCUGGUAAUCCAACCACAUGAACAUUUGGUGUGCUUGUGUUUAUGGCAUUAAAUAGUACAAGAUUCAAAAAUCACAAUCAUGUUUUUCCUAUUAGAUGCUGAUUCUAGUAUGAUGAUCAUGGCUCAUUCCAUUUGACUUUACAGCCAAUCAGAUGGGUUAUUGUUCCAAUAAAAAUGUACUUGAAUGACAGAUUUAUGUGAACACAAAGAUUUAUGAAAAAUUAAUGGCAUCUGAUUCGUUGUCUCCUUAAAAAUUGAUUUUAAAAAGUAUUUAAACAAAGUAUCAGAAAUCAAAUGCAGUAUAUCUCCCUUUUUUAGAAGUUAAAUUACUUGGAUUUUUGUAUAGCAUUUUAUAUUACAGGUGUGUAUUUAUGGUACAUGUAAUAUAUAUAAAAUUAAACAAUUAAAAAGUAAAGAUGACUUUGCAUUUCA